AUGAGCGAGAGGCGAGUGACCGAGCGUGGCCCAGACCGCAAGUCAAGAGCGUCCAGCGGCAAGAGGGCUCGGAGAGGGGAGGAGGCCGGCGAACACGAGCAAGAAAGAUGGACGGGCGUGGAAGGUGGGCGAGGAUGUACGGGGCCGCGGAGGGGAACAGAGAGGGGAAGGAGGACUGAGCAGGGGCGCCGGUCGGGGGGAACCGGGCGCGAAAGGAAAGCGGACGGCGGCGAGCACUGGGGCGAGCGGGCACAAGGGAUGCAGGACGCGGAGAACUGGAGUGGGAGGAAGCAGCAGAGGCAGCGAUGCUAUCCGGUAGCAGCAGCCACGCAGGAGCUAACGGGCAAGACGGGGCCGCAACCGCAUCCGAGCACGCCGCCAGCGGCGCAAAUACCGGUCGCCCAGCAAUCCGUGGCAGCGGACAGGGCAACGGCGGAGAGCCACCACCCGAGCAACAGGGCCGGAGCGCGGGAGGGAGCGGACCGGGCCCCGCCCGGGAGUGGGAGCUGGCGCCGGGCACGAGGUAGGAGACACCACGACGGCGAGCCGACAUGCCGGGGCGACACGGGCCGCCAGCGCGCUGCCGCCGAGUGGGACCCGACUGUGCCGGACCGAGUCCGGAGGGCAACCACGGCCCAGGCGAGCGGCGCGGCGCGGGCGAGGGGGGGGGCAAGGAGAGGCCAGGGAGGGACCACGGGCAGGCAGCAGGGACGACCAGAGAGGCCAAGCCCAAGCAGAGAGCGGAUAGGAGAAGCCAACGAAGGCAGGAGCAGGCGAGCGGCGCCAUGCAGCCAGGCGGCACUGAGGUAG